ACUAUUAAACGAGUUUGGGCACUUCCGAGCAGGCGCCCAACACGAGGUCUGGAUUCAUUCAGCCCCACGGCUUCAAGCCUGCUCCAAUGAGGGACUCCUUCCAGGAUGUGUACGCAAAAUAUCUGCAACACUGCCGACUAUGGCUACCCUCUGCGGAUGCCAGAGCCAAUGAGCACGCUCCCGCAAAAUUACCAAGAUGAUGGACUUCAGAUCGGAGAUGUUGGCACUGUUGACAGCAGGGGCCAGUUUGACGUCUUAUUCAACAUUUUCAAACGUAGCGACAACCCUCUCCAUGAUUCUCGCGGAGUCCCUAAGAACUUCCAGCCUGUUCAGCUCGGCGAUGUCAAGUACAGUGACAAUCCAAUAUCUCCUGGCCCAAUCCACUCUCAUGGUAUACAACGAAUCCUUCAGCCCGGAAAACCGAGGCCAGCAGAUUAUGAAUUCGACACAUCCACCGCUGCCGGGGCUAUCCUUAUACUGCCGCAGGGCGCUGUAUCCCUCGAACUCUCAUUACCAGACCGGCUUCGCGAAGUGGCAAGGAAGAGCGCGCUUGACUGGUUUGAGUUUGCCAAAAAGCACUACGGCGUCGAGCAUCUCGAUCGCUCCCUUUAUCUCGUCACAGGCUUUUACAAAGCUCGGUCCUGGUCUCUCGGGUCAUUCAACAACCCUACAGAUGCCACGGGAAAAAUUCUGGCCCGAAGGGAUGACAACAAUCACAACAUAUACCUACUAGAAUUCACGUUUCCUGCCGAUUGUCGCCACCGCGACUGUGGCGACGACAGUGGGAGCAAUCAAACUGUUUUCAUAACCGGCUUCAAGAUUACAGUUAGCAGUUGGCUUCCAGAUCCUGUGGUUCUGAGAGUCACAGAAUCGGAAACCACUUGGUCCAUACUAGUUCGUCUGUUGAAGGCCUGUCUCAGCCGGUUACGCGGUUUUUCAGAUGCCCACAAACAGCGUGCGGCGAUAAGUAAGCUGCCAAGUUGACCGCACGUGGACUACCUGACGAUCUGCUAAUGACGAACAGGUGUCGAGCAUAGCCCACAGUUAUCCCAGCCCUUCCAUCCCUCCGACAUAAUCAACCGUUUCCUCCUGAGC